AUGAAGACGCAAGUCAUAACGCGGCAACAGCCGGUCUCUACCGCUGACUCUUCGCCAAGAGACUCUGUCUCGGCAGAGGAGGAAGCGGUAAUGUCGGACUCGAGCGAGAGAACCUUGACAAAACCCUACUGUGUCUACUCUUCACGAAAGAAAACCAUUAUUGUCUUGUUAGCGACCAUGACCGCUUUCAUAUCCACCGUCUCCGCGCAAAUAUACUUGCCAGCCAUGAGCCCCAUGGCAAGAGAGCUGAACGUAACGGACGAAGACAUUACACUCACCAUCACCACAUACAUGAUCUUUCAAGGAAUAUCGCCCAUGUUUGUCACCUCUGUCGCCGACACAAGAGGCCGGAGACCAGCAUACGCGUUCUGCUUUGUCAUUUACAUUGCAGCUACUGUUGGGCUGGCACUCGUCCGGGACUUUGCUGGAGCCAUGGCCCUCCGCUCUCUGCAAUCUAUUGGGUCGAGCAGCACCAUGGUCCUCUGCAGCGCAGUCAUUGCCGACACUAUUACUUCUGCGGAGAGAGGACAAUACUUUGCCUAUACAUUGAUACCACAAGCCUUGGGACCGUCGGUCGGGCCAACGCUCGGUGGCGUCUUGACGCAAUAUCUAGGUUGGCGAUCGAUAUUUUGGUUUUUGACAAUAUACGCUGCCGUCAUGGCCAUUCUUACUAUUGGUGGUCUGCCAGAGACUUGCCGCAACAUGGUUCAAGACGGGUCCAUUCUGCCCCCCAAGCUUUACCAGACACCUUGGCAACUCUUUCAGCUCCGCCGGUCCAAAAAUGCCAUCACAUAUGCUUCGUCGGACGAAAAGCCUCUACGCCAACCGGAAUCGAAACCACAAAAGACUGUGCUUUCAAACAUUUGCAAAGUCAUUACACUCCUAUUCAAGAAGGAGUCUGGGAUCCUGCUGUGGAGCAACGGCCUCAGCUACAUUACCUUUUACUGCGUGCCCGCGGCCAUGCCGUUUCUGCUCCGCGACUCGUACAGCCUGUCGGAGACGGAGAUUGGGCUGAUGUAUCUGCCGCUCGCGGGCGGCGUGGUGCUGGUGGCCCUCGUCUCGGGGCGGCUCUUUGGGUGGAACUACCGGCGCCACUGCGCCGCGCGCGGACUGCGGUUCGAGCACAAGAGCCAAGUGGACAUCAACUCGUUUCCCAUAGAGCGCACGCGGCUGGAAAUCGGAAUCCCAAUGACCAUCUUGGCGGGCGUGUGCACGAUGGCGUGGGGCUGGGCGAUGCACACGAAAUCGCACAUUGCCGUCAUUUCGGUGCUCAACUUCUUCGUCGGCAUGGGAAUGGCUUGCAGCAACAGCUGCAUCAAUCUUGUUCUCGUCGACACCAAUCAAGGACAAGCUGGCACAGCCAUGGCGGCCAGCAACAUUACAAAGUGUCUCAUCGGCGCUGGUGCCACAGCUGCGAUUGUGCCUCUGACUACUUCGAUUGGGGCUGGACCAGCUUUUGUGGUGAUUGGCAGCGCUUACUUUAUCUGUUGUAUGCUCCUAGUAGUUGUCUUGAUGAAUGGUCUGAAAUGGAGACAACAGCGCGUGAGGGACGAGAAGAACGACCACAUUUAG